AUGACCGUAGCAGCCUCUGAGAUUCGGAACAUUUCCGCAUGGCGCUUGAAUAAGGCUGAAAUGAACGAGCUCGCUGAAAGGGUUAAGAAAGGAGAGGAAGAAGCGGUGGUGAAGAAGGAGCUUCAGACCAAGAAGGCUGUGGCCUGCGAAGAGCGUAAGAAGUCUGCUGCGGCGAUUUCUGCCAAGCCUGGAUCCACGGGUCCCAAGGCAAGCAAAAAGACUUCGUCGUCGGCUGCAACUCAGUCAGCCACGGCUGCAGCUGCGACUCCAGACCCAACGAAUGCUGGCUACUAUGCUCUGGUAGAGGCGGACCUCCAGACAAUUUUGCAGGAGUUCCCAGGCAUUGACCAGGAAAUGCCUUUGCCGCUCUCCAAGUCUGAGUUGGACGGAUCCAAGACUGGGGUUCAAGAGCCAUUUGACUUGGAGUCGGCUCGGCAUGCACUUGGGAUUCAUAGAGUUUUUCGUUGCAGCAUUUCCUUGUUCUGGGUUCAGAUCCUGGCGUCGCCCACGCCGGGAAUUCCGAUGAGCCGGAGGAGAGUUCUCGACAUGGGAGAGUUUUACUUCCCGAACGGAAAACCAGCUUUCAUGACAGGCCGUAUGGUGGAGCUUCUGGCCGACAAGUCGGCUCUGAGCGCCAAACCCCAGAACCUUCAGAUGCUGUCGCCAGAAGAGAUUGUGCAUUCGCUGGUGGCUUCCUGCGCUCACGCUGUUCGGCGCAAGGAUGAGCUCUCCGAGGAUCAAUGGAAGGAAUGGAAAGCACAGUGGCGUGCUGUGUUGCUGAGCGUGCCGGCUUCUUUUGUGGAGACACAGGACCCUUUGCAAGGCCACAAUGUGUGGGUCGAGGCAUUCAAUCGGAGACAAGCGGUGAAGCAAGAGCAUGAGUCCAUGAGCAGGACAGCAAUGCAGAUUGCUGUGGAAAUUGACCAGUUCAAGACUAUGUGCGAAAGUUUGCCCAGCUGUAAAUCAAAAUUGCAGCCGGCGCAGCUGGUACAGGAGCUUCACACACUUGGCCUGCUGUCCGUGCAGGGCGGCCGCAAGGAGGAUGACAGCGAUGGCAAAAUCACCGUCAACUUGGUGACGCAAGCUCUGGCCGUCAAAAAGGGCAUUCUCAGCUCAGCGCGGGCAGUUGAACUUUUGCUGGAGCUGGAACAGUUAUACGGGACGCGUUCUCCCUUCCACCAGAUGAGUCGGCUUCACGUUCUUUCGACCAAGCCAAGCACAAAUCAGAUGCGAGACUGGGUGCUGGAGAGCUUGCAUGAUGGCCUGGCCUACGACGUCUUGCAAAUCGGAGAAAUUUCCAAGGGCAGUCUUUCCGGAGACAAGCACCAUACUGGUCUCGUAGGUCUUUUUGAAAUGAAAAAGAAGGUCUUGGACCACUUCUUCGAAGUGCUGCUUCCGAAGAGCGGUAUGGCAGAGGGUGACAGGGCUUUGCUGAAGGAGAAGCUGUCUGCCCAUGAGGUGUACCGGCAACAUUCAGGCGACGGAGAUUGUACCUGGAUGGCGCGGCUUAAGAAGUCCGGCAUUGACUGCUUUCACUUGCUGGAGGACCUGACUUACACCAAGAAGUAUGACAACGGCCUGCGACAAGCCACGAGGUCCGGGGGAGCUCCAGAGGCAGUUCUGGAGCACGAACAGGUGAAAGAACAGGUGAACCAGUUCCUCGCCACCUUGAAGGACGAAGAAGUUGAAGUAAAAGCUUUGGCUGCAGGGGCAGCCGCAAACGCUGCAGACCCGGACCAUGCAGAGGACGAGCUUCAAGAGGUGCGAAAGCCGCCCAGCCAACACUCUGAAGGGUCUGAGAAAUAUUGGAAGGCGGUUGGCAACCAAACUGUUCGCACUUAUUGCUCUCUCCAUGUGCAGCCUAAGACCUUGGACGGCAUCAUCAGUUUGGUGAGCCAAAGUGGUUUGAAAGACUUCCAAGGAGAGGGAGGUGUCAGCUGCGUUCUGACUCAUCUUGACUUAGACGCGCUGGGAGAAUCCAUGGGCCCAGGUCAGAGACCACUUCUCCGAAAGCGCUUUGUUCCCGACCAGUCCGCCCUCAGAAUCUUGUUGCAUGGUUCGAUGAUUGCAAGAAACGGCCAGCGCAAAGGGGACGAGUGCAUGGUUCCGUCAGAGGGUGAACUGGUUUUCGUGCACUGUGGCAUGGAACGUUCCAGCAAAGAAGCAGAAGCCUUGUUCCGACCGGCUGCGGCCAGAAAGGAUCAAGCCAUCGAAGCGGAAAUGAAAGACGUUCUCCUGAUCUUUUCUGACACCUCCAUUCGGGACCGCAAGCAAAGGGUUCGAGGAGCUUACACCUCCAGGUCCACCGCUUGUCUCUUCUCCGGAGCUCCAGUGUCAACCAUGGUCCCGGAGAAGCCAUACACUGACUUCUCAGGGCACAACUUUGGAGAUGUCUUUGGCACCAUUUCCGCCAUGCAGGCAGCGGACCUUUGGCAUCUGACAAGGAAAGAAAAGGAGGAGGUGCUCACCACAGGCAGGUGCGUGUCGCCGACUGACGCCGCUAUGAACAAAGCCAAGGAGGCCUCCAGCGAAAGCGUCUUCAGUGCAGCUUUGUUGCCCUGCUCUUUCUACAGAAGUUUUCUCAAAGCCCACUCUGUGAAAGCUGUGUUGGACCUCAGCACUUCUCGGGGAGAGUUGGCAAAGGCCUGUGUGGCCGAGCGUGUCAGCUACCUCGGGCUGACGCUGUCUGACUCACAUUCCACUCAGGUGGAAAUGAUUCUGACCAACUUUGUCGUCACUCUGAUGCAGACAGAGGGCUCCACUUUCUACCGCUCAGAUACCGUGGCCCAAGGAAAGCAGCAAGAGCAGGUCACCAAGGGGAGCAAGCGCAAAAACGAAAAUUCCAAAGAAGAACGCCCCAAGGCCAAGGCCAAGGGGAAGAAAGAGCAGACCAAAGACGACGACAAAGCUACGGCGCCUGACGCAGACUGUGGCUGCGACCCCGCUGCUCGGAGGAGCCCGCUGAGACCAAGUAGGCUGAUGACCACUGAACGUUCUCGUCGUCGUGGCGACCGCCGUGACCGUGGUGAUCGCCAAAAAGACGAGGAGAAACGGGGUCGAAGCCGUGACAGACGCGAAAAAAAGAAAGGCCGUAGCCGAGACAGAGGGCGGCGUAGGGAGACUGACAAGUCUCACGGCAGCAAGCCUCUCCUAGUCCCAGCUGAAACUGCUCCGCCUCCUGCUCCGUCUGCGGACGCUGCAGCUCCUAAGGCGUCGCACGACGACGAAGAAGGUGAGGAGGAGUCGGUUCUUGCUGAGGACCCACCCGUACAGCCACCUGCAAAGCGCGCCGCGCCAGAGUCCCCGACCAGGGAGGCUGCCAAGGCAGCCCGUCCAGGUCCAGCCAAGGCUGAGGCGGUGGCGCGUCGCGAAGGUGACCAGCCGCCUCACCAAGGUGAGACGUCUGAGCGUGACCAAGGUCACAAACCUGAUGAGGAACACAAAUCUCACCAAGCUUGGUGUGAUGACAAGCGUCACCAAGGUGGGAACGACGACAAGACUCGUCGGUAUGACUGCAGCAUCUGCGGCCGCAAAGUCGGAGGUGGAGUUGCCGGCUCGUGGCAACAUCGCCGGUCAGCUCACCAUUUGGCUUCUUAUGUCUACUGGAACAACAAAGAGACCCUUCCCUGGAAGAAUUGUCUCCAGGAAGGGCAACGCUGGAGCAUGCACCUCUGGGCGACGAACCAAACAGGUCCGGAGGAUGACGCAUUGCCCAACAAGCCUAAGAAAAAGCAAAGGUCUCCAGUUCCAGUGAGAUGCGACCCGGAACGUUCCCGCCGUGACAAAGACCACCAAGUGUUUGGCUCAAUGGUUAGCGUCUGCGACCCGCGCAGCCUGCUGUGUGUAGCCGCGGCGGCCCUGCAGAAGGUCGUGAUGGCGGAGAAGAACCAGAAGAAAGACCGCGGUGACGACAAAGAUCGGUCUCAUAAGAAGGACCGCCACUCAGACCGCGGGUCUGACCGCCGUGGAGACGACUCAAGUCGUCGUGGUCGCAGUCGUGCACGGCGCACUGAGACAAAGAGUCGUUCAAGGAACCGUCGUCGCAGAAGCGUCGAGGCUCCGGGCAAGGCCGUGCUGAGGCCUGCAUCGGCAGAAGCGGCGACGACAGCUGGCGGCGCUGAAAAGCGGCCAGAGGCUAUGGCCUCAGAGCCGGCGCCUCCGGGCAAGUCGGCGCCAGUCGUCGAGCCUGAUGACGACGACGACGACGAGGAAUCCGCCGAGGAAGAAGCACCUCGGGCUGAAGACGCUGAGGUCGAGGACGGACCACGGUCCACAGUGCCAAAAGCAGUGACAGUCGACUCAGAAAUGAGUGCACUGCCUCUACUGCUAAGGCAGCGACGACUGAGGGCCCUGCUGGUUUGA